AUGGCUUCCUCCGACGUAAACCCGCUCAUUUCGAACCAAAAGUCCUCGGAGCUUCAGGCAGUCCUCCAUCCUUUGGUCCUCCUUACCAUAUCCGACUAUAUUACCCGUCAUACUCUGCGGUCGCAGCAAGGACCCAUUGUGGGCGCCCUUCUCGGCCAGCAGAAUGGUCGCGAGAUUACCGUCGAACAUGCGUUUGAUUGUCACACGAUACCAAAACCAGAGGUAGAAGGAGGCUACCUUCUGGAUACAGGGCGCUUCGGCGCAAGACUAGAGCAGAUACACAAGGACCGAAGCCUAGACCUGGUUGGCUGGUACACUCUGCUCGCAGUGACAGGUCCGACACCUACUGUCCUCCCGAUCCACCACCAGCUCCUCUCCGAAUUCAACGAGUCGGCCCUCCUCCUCGGUUUCCACCCCGAAGAAGUCUUUACUCAUUCCGUGGGUGGCAAGCUGCCCAUGACCAUCUACGAAUCCAACUAUGAGGUCGACGACCCGAGAGCUGCCGAGGCGGAGGGCGAGGACAAGAAGAUGGACGACGGGGAAUCCAAGCUCAAGCUGCGCUUCCGCGAGCUGCCCUACACGGUCGAGACAGGCGAGGCUGAGAUGAUUAGCAUGGACCAUGUCGCGCGCGGUGCCGGCAACGCGACCGCCGUCGAGGCUCCAAAGGAGACUGCCAAGCCCAAGGUCCAGCUCGUUGAGUCGGGCAGUAAGCGCCGCGUCGUCGUUGCCGACAGCGCAGACGGGGACGACGCAGAGACUCAGCUGUCCCCAGAAGAGGAAGAGAUGGUGGCCGCCCUCACGGCCAAGGCAAACGCCGUCAAGAUGCUUCAGGGCCGCAUCCGCCUCAUCACAACCUACCUCGAACGCCUGCCGGCCGAACCCCUUGCCGGGGCGGAACAAACCGACGCCGCCUCCACCACCACAGACGCGCAAACUACGCCAUCUCACACAAUCCUCCGCCAGAUCCAGGCCCUCGUGAACCGGCUAGAUCUUGUCGUUCCCUCUGACGCGGAGGGCUUCGAAAAGGAGGUGCUCUGCGAGGAGAACGAGGUGGCCAUUACGUCACGUCUCAACGACCUCAUGCAGAGUAUCAGUGGCAUGCGCGACCUGGGCAAGAAGUUCAGCAUCGCCGAGCUCGCACGUGUCAGGAACCGCGGCGGUGCGGCGGCGGCCGACUUUUCUAGCUUCGGUCCUUCUGGCUUCAACCUCCCGGGUGCGGGAGACAUUAUGAUGUAG